AUGAGUAUGGAAGAUUAUGAUUUCCUCUUCAAAAUUGUUUUAAUCGGCAACGCCGGUGUGGGGAAGACCUGCUUGGUCCGUCGCUUCACUCAGGGGCUUUUCCCGCCGGGUCAAGGAGCCACAAUUGGGGUUGACUUUAUGAUUAAAACUGUGGAGAUAAACGGUGAAAAAGUGAAGCUGCAGAUCUGGGACACGGCAGGGCAAGAGCGAUUCCGGUCCAUCACGCAAAGUUACUACCGCAGUGCCAACGCGUUAAUCUUGACCUACGACAUCACCUGUGAGGAAUCCUUCCGGUGUCUCCCCGAGUGGCUGCGAGAAAUCGAGCAGUAUGCCAGCAAUAAGGUCAUAACCGUGCUAGUGG